GUAUCGUAAAUAACUAUUAUGCAACUGGCUUUUUCUUUGGCGUUUGGCUGAAUAUUUCAACCCCCAUAGAGUCAGUAUACCGUCAUUACCAUAAGGGCACACGGGGCCCGUGCCCAGGGCCCCCAUCCUCAGGGGGUCCCGAAGGACAGACAGUAAUUUGAUUACCCAUAAUAAAUAGAAGAUCAUACCUAGUAGAAAAAUGUUAGUUUAAUUAGCUUUCUUUACUUUCCAAACGGGCCCUAAAUUAUUAUGUGCUCUGGGGCCCCAGCAGCAUAGUUUAAGAUGGCCCUGCAUAGAGUAUGGUCGGAAAGAGAAGCGUCGUGGAAUGUAUUGGGCCCCAUACAUUCCACAGACUCUACUUAUUUGUAACUCAGGUAAAUGUACCAAUAACGAUCUACCUACAGUUCCAGUGUUCGACGACGUGGAAUUCAAGCCGUUUCGAGAAACGUACAAGAUUAUCACGUUCAACAUGGUAGUGGGUAUGCUGUAUCCCACACCGGAGACAGCCGUGUGCAGGCUUGUUGGGAUUGUUCUAGUACUGAUUUCAAUUGCACCGGCGGCACUCAUCGCGCUUCUUGACGUGUGGCACAGCUGGCAGAGAGGGGACAUUAUCAACAUCGUCAGACAUAUCACCGUGCUGGGGCCAUUUCUUGCUGUGAUUUUUAAGAUGAUGCUAUUUUAUUACACAUGGAACGAGGCGUGGUGUGUCAUCAAGAAGAUUGAUGCAGAUCACGCACGGUACAACACGCUUCCAGAAUCGCAUAAGGAAAUCGCUCGCCGUCACAUACAAAAUACACAAUACUACAGCGAAAAAUGCUGGGCCAUAACAGUCGCCGUUACUGUCCUCACGUUUCCAUUCACCGCCGUUCUUCUCAACUUCUACAAUUUCGCAUUCAAAGAGGAACCUGUCAAAUACAUGAUACAUGACCUUGAAAAACCAUUUUCACCCCCUGAAGACAGAUUUUCAUCCCCAUAUUUUGAAAUAAUGUUUGGCUAUAUGGCGUACUGUUCGCUAUGGUAUAUUAUAAGUUUUACUGGAUUUGAUGCGUUUUUCGGUAUAACUAUUAACCAUGCUUGUAUGAAGUUGGAGUUGGCUUGUAAAAUAAUGGAGGAUGCUAUGUUAGAAAACGAUAGAGAUAGACGACACAGAAGGAUGAAAGAAGUGAUAUCGGAGCACAAUGACUUUUUCAGUAUGGUGGAACUAAUACAAGAAACGUUUAACUUUUGGCUUGGUUUAAUCGUCGUAGCAACAAUGUGUCAGAUAUGUAACUGCAUGUACCAGAUUAUUGAGGGCUAUGGAAUUGAUCCGAAAUAUAUAAUUUUCAUUUUGGGCACCAUCGCGCACAUCUAUCUACCAUGCCGGUAUGCGGCAAAACUACAAGUCAGCGCACUAGAUGUCGCCACGCGUCUAUACUGCUGCGGUUGGGAGCAUGUGAACGACGAGCGAGCGGGCAAGAUGGUCGCCUUCAUGAUUGCACGAGCACAGGUCCCAUUGAAGAUCACAGCCUUCAAUAUGUUUUACUUCGACAUGGAGCUCUUCGUUUCGAUACUACAAACAUCAUAUUCACUGUUCACAUUACUGAGAUCUUAGUUAAGUAUUAUUGGAUCAGCCUAGUUGUAGACUGGUAGAAAAAUCCUUAUAAGACAUAGUGAGCCACUUGUACUUUCAUGUAUUGGG